GUGAGACAUGUUUUUUUUAAUAUAUUUUAGAGCUAUGUUUUAUGCAGCUUAAAUCAUUCUAGGAUUGGAGUAUCUUCAUAGUAAAGGCAUAAUUUAUAGAGAGUUAAAAUAAUAAAUAAUAUUAGUCUAAAACCAGAGAACAUAGUAAUAUGUUAGGAUGGAUAUGUAAAAUUGACAGAUUUUGGUUUAUGCAAGAAGGGAAAUUUCACAAAUGUUACAGGAGCAACAUCAAUAUGUGGAACUCCAGCAUAUAUGGCACCAGAAAUAUUAUAAUAUAAGCAAUAUGGUAAAGCUGUAGAUUGGUGGUCAUUUGGUUGUUUCUUAUAUGAAAUGGUAGCAGGACAUCCUCCAUUCUUUGCAUCAAAUAAAUAAGAUUUAGAAUAUUGUAUAUUAAAUUCUUAGCCCAAUAUGAGUCAUUUUUCUAUCAGACUCUAAGAUCUUAUUGAUAGAUUAUUAGAAAAGAAUCCUAAAAAUAGACUGAGUUCUAACAUUAAAGAUCAUUAAUGGUUCACUAUUGAUUUUGAUGCAAUAUUCAAUAAGAAAGAAAUAGCACCAUUCUUACCAAAAUUAUAAAAUGAAGCUGAUGUUGCUUAUUUUGAUCCUUAAUUUAUUAAAUCGAGUAUGUCUGAAUAAUGUAGUAUCAUUGAUGAAUUAGAUUCAUGUUUUAAUAUUAGUAUUACUUUUAGAUAAGGACUUUACUUAUAAAGGUUCAUAAGAUUAAUCAGUGCUGCAAUCAUUUUAAACUUUGAGUCCAGAGAUUAUCGGAUUAAAUGAAAAUGGAGAAGCUAAACAAAUGAUAAAGGUUGAAUCAACUGAAAUGAUUAAUUAAUGAAAUUUAAUGAAAUUUAAUGAAAUUUAAUGAUAAAUUAACAAUAUCAUCAUUCUGCCAAAUAUGGUAAAGAACUAUCACAAUCCUAUGUAAUAAAAAUAACAAAAAAUGAAUAAUAGAUUAUUGGGAAAUAUUUACCCACAAAUCGAUUAUUCCAACUAGAUCUAUCUAUAUACAAACUCAAAUUAAAGAUGAAAAUAGAAGAAACGUAAACAUAUGGGAUUAUUGCAUUUUUAGG